AUCUUCGUGUGAACCGCCGCGCCGCGCCGCGCUGACUGUUUGCUGCAGUCAGUCAGUGGAGACCUUAGCUAACGCGGUCUACCCUGACCAUGCCCUGCCCGGUGCCAUAGGCUUGUCCGCCCCCUUUCACCUGACCAGAGCGUGUAGGAGAGGAGGUGGCAGUGGCGGCGGUGGCAUGCGUAUGGGCAGCAGCUGGAGGUGGCAGCUCUCCCGCGCCAUGCGACUGGCGCUUCGUUGGUGCCGGCUGUGCCGCCCGCAGAGAGGAGGGCGAGGCGGCGGGGGGAGCAAAGCGUGGAUCGGCGGGAGGUGGUCGGAGCUGUGGGGCUACAGCAAGCUGCUGCUCAAGUCACUGUAUCACAACAGCCUCAGCAACUCAGACACUCUGCUGGACUGUGUGUUCGAACCCGUCUACUGGAUUGUGGAUAAUGUGACCCGCUGGUUUGGAAUGGUGUUUGUCUGCUUGGUCAUCCUCCUGACGACCUCAGUCGUGGUCAUCAUCUACCUGUUCAUCCUACCCACCAUCAUCAGCACCUACCCUGUGCACUGGGUCAUGUGGCACCUGUGCUGUGGCCACUGGCUUCUCGUCAUGGUGGUCUUUCAUUACUACAAGGCCACCACCACCUCUCCUGGACACCCGCCCAAGGACAAAAUUCAUAUUCCCUCAGUGUCCAUCUGUAAGAAGUGUAUCACUCCAAAACCUCCCAGGACGCACCACUGCAGCAUCUGCAACAUGUGUGUUUUGAAGAUGGAUCACCACUGUCCCUGGCUGAACAACUGUGUGGGCCAUUUCAACCACCGUUACUUCUUCUCCUUCUGCCUCUACAUGACCCUGGGCUGCAUCUACUGCAGCGUCAGCAGCCGGGACCUGUUUCUGGAGGCGUACAGUGCGAUAGAGAGUUAUUAUCAGACCCCCCCUCCAGACUACACCUUCAAAGAAACCACUGCUCACAAGAGUGUGAUCUUCCUCUGGGUGCUGACCAGCUCGGUGGCAGUAGCUCUAGGCGGACUCACCCUGUGGCACGCCAUACUCAUCAGCAGAGGAGAGACCAGCGUGGAGCGCCACAUCAACCACAAAGAGACCAAAAGACUCAGGGAGAAGGGCAAGGUGUUCAGAAAUCCCUAUCAUCGUGGCAAAAUGAACAACUGGAAGUUACUGUUUGGCGUGGAGAAAAGGAGUCACUGGUUCACACAGGUCCUGUUACCCUCCAGCCAUCUUCCCAUUGGUGACGGCAUCAUGUGGGAAUGCACCUUCACCAGGAGAGACCCCAUGGCCAUCUGACAUUCAUCCGCUAGUUUUCUUUCUUUCUUUACCAUAUCAGAAACUUUUAUCCUGCGUUUCAUACUACAAGCGCCGCGGCUGCUGUUGUCACACUGUUGUGAAAACUCCCAUCUGUCGUGAUCCAGCCGCUACAAACAUUUGACGAGGAAAAAGUUCGCUUUGCAGUGUGAAUGUGUACGGAGAUAAACCACCAGUGAUUCCUCAAAAACUCUUCAUCCUCUCGAGACUGCCCACCUGUCGGCAGCCGUGUACAGCCGGUCUAAUCGCAAAAGACCUCGCCACCAGCCGCAGCGCUGUUGACUGAUCUGGUUUAUAAAAGGUGCUGCUGGCCAGCAUUGUUGUGAAGCCCAAACAGCCGUCUCCUUUAUCUCGACCGUUUUUAAAGACACAACAAUGAAUUUUUAGUGCAUUUCUCGCACCAGCACUACAGCCUCUUUCAACAACUGUGUAAGUGUGUAUGAUGGAGGAAUGGAUGGGUGACCAGGCAGUUAUCAGGCACUGGAGACCUUCAUAAAGUCACUGUUGCAUUUUUAAACAUCAAUACAGCACAUUAUGAACUGAUAAGCUAACGUAACAAGUAUAACUACUGUGAUUUGUUUAAUGACACAAAUUUACACCUUUAAUAUUUGACAUAUUGAUCCCUGAGCGAAAACCACGUCUGCUUAUUCAAGAAGUGUUUUAGAUUUAAUAACUGUGCUCGUGUGUCUUGGGCUGAGGACAAAUACAAGUGCUUCUCGAUGUGGGAGGUCAUGAGAUAAAAAUACAUUUUCAAUAUUAAUUUUUGAUUGUUUGAUAACUGUCUUAUGAUUAUUUAAAGAAUAGUUAUUUUCAAACAUUUCGUUUUAACGUCUGCAUGCUUACACCUGCGAUGUUUUGUAGUCGUUGUUUGGAGAGGAGAUUGAGAACCACCGGUCUGAACUGAUCUGCUGCCAAAGAAGAAAACCACGAGUUUGAUUCCUCUUUCCAAAUUUCGCACUUUUGCUUGCAACAUUUAGGUGAAGAAAAAAAAAAAAACCCUGCACAGCACUCGUGUUAUCAUGUGUAACAUUUCUCUCUUAGACAGAAACUGUUGUGUGCCUUGUUUGGGUGUUCAGCCUUUAAAUGGAGACACUUUAAAUAAGUGAUAAAAGGCACUGUGAAUUUCAUAUUUUUUUAAUUCGUUGUAGAUAUUUCACCCCAACAUGGUCAUAUCCAUAAUUAUGAGUUGGAUCUGUAGUUGCCAUAGAGACAUGACAUGUAGGUGUGAUAUCAAUUGUGACCAAUUUGGAGCUGUGUUCCAGUUUGAUUCAUUGUCUUUUUAAUAAAACAAGUGUUUGAUAUUU